GCCCGGUGUCUGGGUGUGUUUGCAAGGAGGAAAAGUUGUUAGUAUUGGUUGACGUCAUAAUUGCUUGCCCUAAGUCAUAGAUGAAUGGGGUGUAUGCGUUCCUCGUGCAACUACUGCACUUUGUAUAUUUGUUGUAGAUGGUGUAGAAGACAAACCGAAUCCAGAAACUUGUCAUCAGCCUCGCAGGCCGCUGCUGCGUAGUAACUUGGAACCUCGGUGUUCUUACCGGAGUACCUCUUCUAAGGACCCACAAAUUCCACCCCGCAGUUCCCAAUGCAACGCAACCUCAACUGACUUGCAUCAAUGCGAACACUUGGCACUUUACCCUCAUCGACGGAGUAAAAUUCCAGCCUUGUCAAUAUACACUUCCUACAACAUGGCUCCAGUUCAUCGUGUGGCGGUUAUCCAAUGGGCGAUUAAGAACCUCGCCCCGGAAGACAACCACGCGACAGCAUGCGAGUACAUCCGGUCUGCAGCAGCGCAGGGCGCCCAGCUCGCUGUCCUACCCGAAUACCACCUAACAGGCUGGGAACCCACAUCCCCACGCUUCGCCGAACUAGCCGCCCAAGACCUAACAACCAAAUACCUAACUUCUUAUCAAACUCUCGCAAAGGAAUUGAAGAUCUGCAUCGUCCCGGGCACAUUCGUCGAAAAACAUCCGCACCCUGAACAAAACGACGCAGCCGAGAAGGAUGCAUACGUGCUCUAUAACACCGCGUACUUUAUCUCCAGCGACGGCUCUAUCCUCGGCCGCUACCGCAAGAAGAAUAUCUGGCACCCCGAACGCGCGUACCUGACCUCAUCGACUUCGGAGCCGCACGAGGUGUUCGAUACGCCCGUCGGCAAGGUUGGGUUGCUCAUCUGCUGGGAUUUGGCGUUCCCUGAGGCGUUUAGGGAGUUGCUUGCGGGUGGGGUUGAGGUUGUAGUCAUCCCGACGUAUUGGGGCGCAACCGACGCCUCACCCACAGCCCUAACCCACAACAAAAACUGCGAAUCCCUCUUCCUCUCAUCAACGCUCACAUCAAGAUGUUUCGAAAACACCUGCGGGAUCAUCUUCGCGAAUGUCUCUGGUGGUCCCGAGACGCUGGGGUUGUCGCGUGUCGUGCUGCCGAUUGUUGGGCCUGUUGCUGAGAUGGGGAAUGAGGAGGGUGUUCUUGUUGCGGAUAUGGAUUUUGGGCUGCUGAGCGUUGCGGAGGAGAAUUAUAAGGUGAGGAUGGAUUUGGCGAAGGAGGGGUGGUAUUAUUCUUAUAGACAUGGGGAUGGUAAAGGGGAGAAGAAGGGAAAAGGGGAGAGGCAUGAGCAUGCGGGUGGUGGAGGGUCUGGGGUAGAAAUGUAGAGUGAGCGAGAUGUGAUUGGAUUACUGCUACAGGAUAAGGCAGGUGAAAUUUGUGACGUUGCAAGAAGACAAGAGAAGAGAUACAGAUUAGCAAAGGAGGCAAAUUCUGACUAUUUGCAACAUGCAGUGUAGUACAUGAUUCAGAUGACCGUGAAAAG